AUGAAUAGAGGAAGUUUACAGAGGCAUUUGUAUGAGGAAUGUCAAAAAGUACCGCGAUAUCUUUGCCAUCUUUGUGGAAAAAGAUUUACUCAAAAGACAAAUGGCACACGCCACGUUAGUACUGUACACAGUAGCAGAAACUAUACGAGAAAUAGAGUUGAGAAACCAUUUCCCUGUUCGAAAUGUAACAGAUCGUAUUUGAAUAGAUCGACGUUAAACCGACAUCUUCGUGAAGAAUGUGGAAAAUUACCAACCUGGUUAUGUCGAUAUUGUCAAAAAGCAUUCAAGCAACCAUAUCGUAGUACGAGGGAUUGGACUUGUAAGCUGUGCGGUAAGCAGUAUCACUGGAGAGACUCCCUUAAUAGGCAUAUUCGAUUGGAAUCUGGCGAGGGAGCGUGGACGUGUUUCCAGUGCGGAAGACAUUAUCGAUGGAAGGAGUCGUUAACAAGACAUUUGCGAGUCGAAUGCAAUCGUGAACCAGCAUUUUCCUGUGAAGUAUGCGGUCGUAAAUUUAAGCACAAGCAUCAUUGGACAACUCAUAAUAGAAUUGUUCAUUCCCUCGACGGUCAAAAUAAAUAA